CGGAAGAAUAGAUGAAAUACCACCCAGUAUGCUUACCCACAUUAUGACCCAGGGGACAAUUAUUUGUUGCCUUCUAUACGUGCUCUUUCCAAAAAAAAAAUGUCUGCCUUGCUGUCGCCUUUGCUUGUUAUUUGUUGCCUUCUCAUUUCUAAAUCUGCUCAUCAAGAAAUGUAUGUGCGGCUCGCAGAUGGCCAGCCUGUACAGCAAUAUUGUGUGGACUACGUCGGCGGAGCAUAGCACGCAGCUAGAAGCGAUGAGCGAUGAGGAUUUCGCCGAAGCAGUGAAUAGGGCAUUGAAUGAUGAUUACUCUCCCCCCCCGCCAUCGCAGAUUGCAAAGCUCGUCCCAUCUAUCCUGCCAUCGCCCUUGUCCCUUUUUGCCGGAGGACCACGGGAGUUCGAGCCGCCACCACGGGUGACAGGAGCUGUUGGGAAGCGGUUAUCCUUCCCACUUUCUUUAUCCUUUACAGGAAAGUACGUACUACCAAGAAUGGCACUGGUCGGGGAUGCUGCCCAUACUGUGCACCCCUUGGCCGGCCAAGGUGUGAAUUUGGGCUUCCUAGAUGCAGCUGCUCUUGCUAGAGUGAUUGGGAACGGCAUCAAGGAUGGAAGGGAGAUUGGUGAUCUGCUACUUCUGGAGGAGUACCAAGCAGAGCGGCAAAAGGAGAAUUUGCGGAUGAUCGCAGCAUUGCACGCACUGCAGCGUGUUUUCUGUACACAGAAUUGGCCGCUGCCCCUCCUGCGCAACAUUGGGCUUGAUGCUGUGCAAAUUCUCACACCCGUCAAGAAUCGUAUCAUGAGUUAUGCUAUGGGCCUGCAAGGAUGGAAAUGAUGAUUGAAUAACAAGAUCGCAUUGUACAAAAAAGGAACUGAAAGAUUAUUAAAAAUAAAUAAAAAAGGAGCCAAAGGAUAUUGCAUCGUACAAAGAAAGAACUGAGAGAUAGUUCAGACCAUCUCUUGCUCACGACUAGAGUUGGGUCCUUAGUUUGAGGCCCAUCUUCUAGCCAAAUUUGACUGAAUAGUCAGAGAUUCGGCGGGACGUUUUGGAUCCUUCUUGCACCCUGCGCCAUUCCUUCGGGUGGUGUUCAAGUUCUUUGAUGUCCUUGAGUGGUUUGUGGAUCUUACAAGAAUCGGAUUCGAUCACUCUCACUUUCUCAUAAUGAAGACCUCUUUAACGU